AUCAUAGUAUACAACAUCUCGUGUAGGGUGGAACACGUCUGCUAUACCGAGAUGGCCGAAGUUACAAUUGAGGAUUUACCCAGUAAUGUUUUAUCGAAGAUUUUCAAUUAUUUAUCGGUGUCAAACUUGGUGUGUAUUCAGAAUGUAAACAGGAAGUUCAGAGAUGUGGUACAUUCACUCAACAUUUCUCAAGAAACGAAAACACAUUUAAAAUUAUUUUGCGUACAAUACAGGAAGAACAGAGAACAUCUAGAUGUCAACAACUUUAGUGAGUGGUAUGUCUAUAUAAAUGAAUACGAGUAUAGAGAAGUAUUCAGAAACCUCUACUCUCUUCGUAUUAAAAGUGAACAUAUUGAAUUUCACCCAUUGUGCUCAGUGUUAUCAAAAUUUUCAAAUUUGCAAGAACUAAGAUUACAAUUAACAUCAUUUUGUCCAUAUGAAAGUAAUUUCUAUGAAGAUCUAUCAUACAAAUUUAGUAGACUAAAGAAAUUGUUUAUAUCGUUUCCGAGAAAUUGCAUUCAUUUGAGAUUUCUUCAUGUAUUUUUAGCCGUUAUUUCAAAAUAUUUAGAAUAUAUUCAUAUUCACCAAAUAAUCUAUCAGAGUGACUCAGAUUUUUACGCAUCUACUGAACCAAGCGUGCAUAAGACAAAAAUUCGUCUACAGAAAUUGAAAUAUUUUAUCAUGACUCAAGAAAAUAUCUCGAUCAAGACGAGUCAAAUUUCACCAGUUUUAUGCAAAUAUAACAAUAAUCGUCCUUUUCUGGAAUAUUUGUUUGAGCCGUGGACGAAUGUUAAAUCUUUCAGUAAUAUGUGGAUUGCACCAGAGAUACAACACGAAUUAGUAACGGAAAUGAUAGAAAAGCAGAAUAUUUUAAACACGGGAACAAGAAAAACGUCCUUCCUGCAAAAGAAUGUUCGUCGAGAUGAAUGCGCUACAUAUUCAAUGUUUGAAAACGCCCUUGGAUCUCUAUACCUCAGCUUCAGUUGUACAGAUUUCAAUGAAGUUAACAGGAGAUAUUUACACGCGUUUAGUAGCAGCAGAGUAAAAUAUCUUUAUCUUAACAGAAUUACUACUUCAAAAUAUAAUUCGACAGAUGGAGGGUUGCUAUGUUUGCACAGGUUCUUUCCUCAUUUGUCAGAACUAAAUAUGGUGCAUACUCACAUUGGAUUGUGUUUUCACGUAUGCAAAGAAAUCAGCAAUCUUACAGAGUUGAAGAGUGUCGCUUUGUCUGCGUGCUUGGCAACGAAUAUUUGUUGUGAAAGAGAGAGAAAUCAAGAAAAAACGUCUCCACUAUGGAUCGUAGCAAAGAAGUGUUGUAAGCUAAAUAAACUAGAAAUAUAUGGAUGCCAGCGGUGCAAGAGUCAUUCAACCAGCUCCAAUGUUUUCGAACAUCGCUGGGACGAAUAUUUGUCAGCGAUGCCUGAAAUACGUAAUUUGAGCUCUUUGUCUUUAAUUAAUCUUCCUUCUGUCACGAAUUUUGGAUUUCUAGUUGAAGUUGGAAAACGGUGUAGUAUCAAACGUCUUCGCAUUCACAAUGUUGGAAGUAAAUCAGAACAUCGACUGUUUAUGGAAUGCCUUUGUACUUUUCUGCAAAAUGCCGUGUCACUAACAUAUCUCAGAAUAAGCCAAAGCAAUUUAGAUUUUUCAUAUUCUCCAUUAUGGAAAGCAAUGGCAAAUGCUAAAAUUUUACGACAAAUCCGUUUUCUAUCAGCAAAAAAAUGUAUAUUAGAUAUUGUCGAAGUUGCCGAAACAUUAUCGAAGUUACUUUAUUUGUCGGAUUUACAUAUUCAUAUACGCAUUCAACGGAAACGAAUCAAACAGAUAAGAGAAAGAGUGUUGAAGAACUGGAAAGGAACGGGAUUAUUUCCGCAGAUUAUAACCGGUGGCAUCUUCUGGUGUGACGAAAAUAUUUACUUGAUUCCGAAAGCCGUACCUCUAAACGAGUGUAGUGAAUGCUUUUUAUCGACGAAUGUUGCACAACCUAAAAUAUAACUUUAAUAAUAUCUUAUUUUUUUAUUUUGUUCAUAGAUUUUAUGCAUAAUUUAAUUUAAAUAAUCUGUAUCAGAUGUAACGGUUUUGCUUACUUGCAUCCUACUAUUUAAACAAUUAGCGACAGUUUAAGUGGGAAGGUUAAAAUUGUUGUACAUUUUUAUUAAUAAAUUUAUUUAAAGUAAACACUGUGCUCGAUGUAGGUACUGUACAAGCAGAGAAAAUAUGUUUUAAAUUGAUUAACAUUACUUAAUGUAAUUGCAAAGUUUUAUGUUUAUAAAGUCGUAUUUAUAUUUUUUAUAUUUAUUAAAUGAGAAUUAUUACAUUCCAAAAAGAUUUGAUAUUAUGUCUUUUCUGUUAUAAUUUCUGUAUUUUGUUCACGACAAUGUCCAUGACAUAUUGAAUGACAUUUAAUCACUCGAAUGAGGUUACUGCUUUAAGACGUGCUAUUAAUCAACCAGUGAUCUGACUUUUCUUUUAACUUUUUACUUAAAUUUACUUAAUC